AUGGCUCCCUCACUUACAGAGACAGUUGCCAAUGCCACCGAACAAAUCCAGGAAAAGGUUGCUUCCAAACCACUAGUGGUCAAAAGCGACAACACACAGACCAAGGAUGAAGAAGCACCUGCUGUUCAACAACCUUCUACUCAGAACUCCAGCAGAAGGGAACCACUCAAGCUUUCUGGAGCUUUAGACCACUUCGAAAGCUUCGACGUCACCCCAAUCAUUGGCCGGGAAUUCGUUGGUGUAAACUUGGCCAAAUGGCUUCGAGCACCAAACUCUGACGAACUUAUUCGGGAUUUGGCAAUUACUAUCUCGCAACGUGGUGUUGUCUUUUUCAGGAAACAAGACGAUAUCACUAAUGAGCUCCAGAAGGAAUUGGUUCAGCGUCUCGGAGAACUAUCUGGGAAACCUAAGACUUCGGGACUUCACAUCCAUCCAGUGUCAAACUCCGGCCGUGAGUUGGGAGGUAAAGAUGAUGAGAUCAGUGUCAUUUCUUCCGCUCAGGCCAAGAAGAUCUAUGCAGAUAAACUGCUCUUCGCUACCGAGAAGAAGCAGAGUAGCAAGGAAGGAUGGCAUUCGGACAUCACGUUUGAGCCUAUUCCUAGCGAUUAUGCUUUGCUUCGCUUAACUCAAUUGCCAAAAACCGGUGGAGACACUCUUUGGGCCUCCGGUUACGAGGUAUAUGACAGAAUCUCCACACCCUACCAAAAGUUCCUCGAGUCUCUCACCGCAACGUACGCUCAACCCCUCUUCAACGAAGCCGCCUCCAAAAACAACUUCAAGAUCUACUCCGAGCCCCGCGGGGCUCCCGAAAAUGUGGGUGAAGUCCUCGAAGCAAUCCACCCCGUCGUCCGCACCAACCCCGUCACAGGCUGGAAAUCCAUCUUCGCGGUCGGCCACCACGUUCAACAUAUCAACGACAUCACGAAGCUCGAGAGUAAAGCGUUGCUUGAUUGGUUUUUGAGAUUGUUGGUUGAUAACCAUGAUUUGCAGGUGAGAUUGAAGUGGCAGAAUCCUAAUGAUUUGGCGAUUUGGGAUAAUAGGAGUGUGUAUCAUGCUGCUACGCCCGAUUAUGUGGAGGGCGAGCUUGGGGAGAGGACGGGGAACAGGGCUGUUAGUUUGGGGGAAAGACCUUAUUUGGAUCCUAAGAGUACGGGGAGGAGGGAGGCGCUUGCUGCUGCUGCUGUUGAUGGACCUGUUUAG